CAGUAGUUGCAUGUUACUAUGCGCUUGCAAAAUCUGUCACAGCCCUUCCUCAGUACCUUGCCAACAGGAGCAACUCUAACGCGAAUUCAAUUUGUCGGUAAUUUGUUACAUAGGAUGGGUUAGACAGCGGUAGUUAAGCUCGUAGCUCAGCUAACUAGCCUCCUGCUAUUUUGCCCAGCAAUACAAAACGGAUGAUGAGGCAACAGACUUCUGCUUACAGUCUGCAUACAGCAAGUUCUCUGCGAUGUUGACUUGUGAACAGUCUAGUUCUGCGACGUGGUUUUAAGUGUCUUACAUCGCUUGGUGGUUACAGAAGGAGGACAUCAAAAACAGGAUGUUACCCAGAUGGGGAAAGAGUGCCAAUGGUGGAGUUUGCACCACAUUUUUACAAUGUAUCCUUUUACGCGGGUACAGUGAUGUAUGUCAUUUUCAUUUUGAAGAGGGCUGAACUCCAGAAACGACUGGAAAAUCCGUAUCCUUUGCGCUGCUACAAUAUUUUCGUGCGUAAUUUGUCCAUACUAUCUUAUCUCCAUGCGGGGUUGCAUCCCUCUAUGAGUGUGGGGAACCAUGGAGCUGCUGGAAGAGGACCUCACAUGUCCAAUCUGCUGCUGUCUCUUCGACGACCCACGGGUGCUGCUGUGCUCCCACAGUUUCUGUAAGAAAUGCCUAGAAGGGAUCUUGGAGGGAAACCGAGGUCCAGCGUGGAGACCACCUUUCAAAUGCCCCACUUGUCGCAAAGAGACCCCUCAUAAUGGCGCAAACAGUCUGCAGAUUAACUAUUCCCUGCGCGGAAUAGUGGAGAAAUACAACAAAAUAAGAGUUUUGCCGAGGAUGUCCCUUUGUAAACAUCACAGUGGCCAACCACUUAACAUAUUUUGCGCUACUGACUUAAAGCUCAUCUGUGGGUUUUGCGCAACAACCGGAGACCACAAAGGGCAUAAAUUCUGCGCCUUGGAGGACGCAUAUGAACAGGAAAAAGCGGCGUUUGAAGAGCUGCUCCGGGGGGUGGAGAACUGGCAGAGCGCAGAUAUCCUGUCCUGCCUGGAGACACUAGAAGCCAGUAAGAAAAAGGCACUCCAGUCGGUCUCAAGAGACGCAGAAAAGGUAACAGACUAUUUCGAUAAACUCAUCAGCGCCUUUGAACAUAAAAAGAAUGAAAUCCUCUCCGAUUUCGAGACGCUGAAGUUGGUGGUGAUGCAAGCGUACGACCCGGAGAUCACCAAGCUGAGCGCAGCGCUGGAGGAACAGAGACGAGCACUCAGCAUCGCCGAGUCUUUCAGGAGUGUGUCCGACCCUCUGUGUUUUUUGCAGCAGAUGCAGGAGUUUAGGGAGAAACUGAGGGUCCUGCGGGAAACCCCGCUGCCCUCUCAGACGGACAUGGACGUCGGCCCCCUUGUGCGUAAUUUCGAUGUUAGAAACUGGGACUCGCUGAGGCUCAGAGAAGUGGACAAGAUCUCGGUUCCCCAUGAGAGUGGCUCCUACCGAGCAGGGAAGUCACGGAUGGCAGUGCUCUGGAGGAUCGCCGUAUUUAUGAGUUUGUUGCUGCCAACCGUGCUCCUCCUGCCGUCAGACAACCUCGCUGCCUGCGUCUCUUCACAGAUACGACCAUUUCUGACUGCCAUUUCUUCGCAUUUUACCCAUGUUGGUCUGUACUGGCAGGAGGUGACUGACAUCUACACGUGUGUGAUGGGUGCAGGUCAGAACUGUAUCCUGAACCUAAUUGAUACCACUGUCGAUUUUAUUGGCAGCUGUAAGUUGUUUUAAUUACUGUGGCAUCUUUGCCAUAAGCACACACACAGCCCGAGUGGCUGCACAGUUUUCCAAGUGGCUCAGGAGCUGCACACAAUUCAGUGACAGAUCUGUCCAUCUGAAUACAAUACUGAAGGAUGGACGUCACUUUUGUAAGGUUAAUCCAGCUGUGUAAAUUAUGUUUGUUUUUUUGUUUUUUGUAACAAGCUCCAUCGGUAUAUAAAGCCACAGAAUCACACUCAAGUCAGUUUACUUGAUCCGUAUGGGGUAUAGUCUAUAUCUGUCAUGCAUGCUGAUUCAGAUCAUUUUGUUUCUAUGAUUGCGUAAUUUCUGUCCGUUUUCGUUUUUUAACUAAAUAUAUAACACUUAAAUCCUUGUAUAACCUCUUGCUUAAUAAAACUUCAUAAAUGGA